AUGGAUGAAGAAAUAACUUGCGCCAUUUGCCAAAAAUCGCUUGAUAAUGUAAACGAUGUCGUAACUCUUCGUAAGAAGGGAAGUGAGGGAAUUAACCGAGCAAGCACAGAGCGCAAUGACCUCAUACAAAUUGUUCCAGGUCAGAAGGUACACCAAACAUGCCGCCGCGAAUACUGCCACCCAAGUUACAUUAACAGAGCUAAGAAAAAGGAGAGGGAAAGUUCAAUAAGUAGCCGCCGUUCUUUGCAUGAACAGUCCUUUAACUUUGAAACUGACUGUUUCUUCUGCGGAACAAACGUUGAUUUGGAGGAUCAGAAGAGAAGGCAAGGGGAUGUUUUCAGGGUGACAACCCUCGAAACUAAACAUACUGUGUUGCAGACCUGUUUUGAAAGGAAGGACGAAUGGGCGGAAGUGGUAGGAGCCAGAAUAUUACAUGUUCAUGAUUUACCAGCAGCCGAUGCUAUUUAUUGUCAAGCGUGCAGCGUGAACUUCAGGAUCAAAAAGCUAAUCCCGAUGCAAUUUGCCUCAGAACAGCGUGAUGUUAAGAAAAGAAAAAUUGGACGCCCACAAGACGAAGAAAAAAAUGAUACUUUUCUCAAAGUGGCGAGAUUUCUUCAGGAAAAUGACGACGAGCAAAUAACUGUUGUUGAUUUAGUUGAAAAAAUGAAAGAGUAUCUCGGUGACUCAGCCAGUACCGCAUACGGCCGCACGCACAUGAAGGCGAGGUUACAGGAACACUUCGGUGACCAAAUCAUUAUAACCGAAAUCAAUGGAGAGCCAAACGUUGUAACAUUUAGAAGCACUGUGGCCAAUAUUCUACAUGACUUUCAUGCACAGCUAAAGAAUAUUGAUCUGGAAACAGAAAAGCUGAAUAUAAUCCGAACUGCUUCGAGGCUGAUCAAGAGCUACAUAAAAUUGAUUAAAACAUCAAAUGAUAUCUACCCUUUGAUCGAAACAGAAGCUGAGAGGAACGCAAUUUUUCUAUCCCAGACACUGAAGCUUUUGCUAGAUGGUAUUCUAGCUAGUAAAGAUCAACCUCGUCCCCAGGGCUUUUCCCUCAAAAAAUGGGUGGGGCCGGCCCCACCCAUUUUUUGAGGGAAAAGCCCUGGGGACGAGGUUGAGUAAAGAUGACGUGAAGGUAGCAUCGAUUGGACAGGCCAUCAUCCAAGCAGCGCGACCUCGAGUGAUUCUAGCGCCUUUACAAGUUAUAUUGUAUUUUUGA